AUGAAGAAUAUUAGGUUUAUUAUAAAUAUUUAUCCUUAUUUAACUGAGCCUAUACUAAUAUCAGAAAAUCAAUUCAUAUAUAUUACAUUUAACUAUUUAAAUCUAAUUUAAGUAAACCUCUCAUAUAAUUCUUUAGAACUUGUCUCUAGAUUUUAACUACAAAGUACGCCUGAUAACUUCUUUUAUGAUUCAAGCUAAAAUUUAAUAUUUUUGUUGUACUAGUCAAGCUUUUAGUUAAAUAGUUUAAAUACCAAAAUACUUAGUUAAGGUGAAAUAGUAUUAACAAACUUUUAAUAAGGAGAUAUAUCAAAUGCAUUCAUAUGCAGUAGUUAUAUUAUCGUUCCAACUAAUAAUUAUAUAUAAAUAUACAAUAUUAAUUCUAACUAAAUACAUAAUAUUUCAUUACCGAGUGAAGGUAAAAUUAAAUUAGCUUUUAAAUUACAAGUAAAGUAAAUUAAUUCAUAAGAAAAUAAUUGGUGGAAAAUUCCUUUUGAAAACAAUUAAAGAUUUAAUACAUAUGACUUGGUUGAUGGAGGAAAUAUAACAAAAGAUAUAUUUAUAUUACAAAAGUAAGAUAAUUGGAAUACAGUAUUGAUAUUAGAUUUGCUUAAGAUAGAGUUCACUUACAAAAAAAAUAUAGAUAAAUGGUAAAUAAUGAAUGUUGUAAAUGAUCCUAUUAAAUAGCUCAUUUAUAUUGUUAAUAACGAGGCAACUACUAAUAUAUUUAGCUAUACUUUAGAUUUUAUUACUUCAAUUAAGAAUCCUUGUUUGAAAUAAGCAAUUAUAUCUUUCGAUUAAAAUUUUGUUUAUUCUAUUUGCCCAAACGAUAUUAUUGUGUAUAAUGGAUUAAGCUUUGAGUAAUAAUUUCCUUCAUUAAAUUAAGGAAUUACAGAAGCAAAUAAUUUAAUAAAUAUGAAUUAUAAUAACCAUUUUAUUAUUAUUUAAAAAAAUAAAAUAUCCAUAAUACAACUGAAAUAUAACGGAACCUAUUAAAAUAUUUAUGAAUAAGAAAUAAAAAACGCAUUUUUAUCAAGCUUUUAGCUAAUCAUAGAUUCUAAUAAUCAAAAAUAUUCAUCUAUAUUGGUUUCUAAUUACUAAAAUAUAACUUAAAUCGUAUUACCUUUGUCAUCAAAUAAAUUAUGCUCUGUUUAAAUUUAGCAACAGAAUAGAACAUCUGAAAAUAUUUAUUCAAAAACAAUUAUUGAUGAGAUAACUGAAUCUAUUUAAUCAACGUAAUAAAUACUUUCAAUGAUAGAAAUAGAAUAUCAAGACGGAUAAUCUAUUGAGUAAAUAGAUAUUAAUUUUAAUGACUAAAAUACAGAUAAAACACACAAAUUGGGCUUAAGGUUAUUAUCUAAAUAUGAAAAUUAAAUUAGUUGGAUAAACGAUAUUCAAUUUUCUAAACAAAUUUUUAAUUUAUUUUUAAAAUAAAUAAUUUUUAAAUGCUGA